AUGAAACUUCUUGCUGCAAUUUUAGGACUCGGCCUAGCUCAAAAUGAAGAGGAGCGGUUCUCUUUUGGAGCAGAGAUCAGUGACGAGGAGCAGAACAGAUUUAUGCAACAGCAGAGAUUUUUUGAGGAGAUAAAAGGACUCAUUUCCGGGGACUUGAGUUGUAUUGCCGAGGAUGCUCGUAUUAUCGGUGGAAAUGAAGCAGAUAAGCUAACAUGGCGAUGGAUCGCAUUCUUGCACGAGAAUAAUUGCGGUGGAACGGUUCUCAACUCUCGAACAGUCGUCACGGCCGGACAUUGCUGUACUUGGGACUUCAAUCGAUAUCCCCAAAAGUACGAAAUGGGCAUUGGACGACAUUACCGAGACGAAGGCGCACCCGAUGCUCCUGUCGGCCCAUAUUCUCGAGUCUACCAAGCUGCAAAGGUUGUGCAACAUCCUGAAGUGAACUUUUGGACUUUUGAAAAUGACAUGUGUCUGAUCUUCACAACGGAAGAAAUCGAGUUCAAUCCCGGUGUUGCGCCCGCUUGUACCGCCGAAGAAACCGCUGAGCUUGGCAAAAAGUGCUUCAUCGCUGGCUGGGGCGCACAGUCAACUGACGGCUCGUCGGCUUCUUCCGUUCUCAACGAAGCAGAAGUUGAGAUUCUCGACUCCGCGACUUGCUUCACCAACAUUCAGAACAAACUCCGCGAAGUCUCCCCAAGCCAUACGAACUUUGUUGUUCCAGACAGUUGGUAUGACUCGAUGAUGUGCGCCGGAAAUUGGGCUGGUGGUGUUGACUCUUGCCAAGGAGAUUCCGGUGGACCCCUUGUUUGUAUCGAAGACAACCGACCAGUUUUGCACGGAGUCGUCAGUUGGGGAAUGCAGUGUGCCCUUCCCGGUCUUCCAGGCGUUUACAUGAAAGUGUCAAACUACGCCGAGUGGAUCGCAUCGGAAUACGACAAGUUCGUCAAUGGAGAUAGCACAGACAACUGCGAUCCCGGUCAGAUCAUGUUUGAAGGCGUAAAAGGUUUUGGAUCCUGGGACUGCUCGGAUGACAUGUCAUGCGAGUGGGUCUGCAACGAUGCAGGUAGAACAGGCGUUAUCACAAGCUGCUCCAAAGGCAAGUGGUCUAAGCCGUCAAAGUCCGCACUGAGAGGCGGAGAUUGUCGCAAGUGUCACGAUGCCGAUCGCCCUCGUCCACCGAUCGGGGGUACUUGGAACUGCUCCGGAUCAGGCUCUAUCAAAAUGUGUGAUCUCGUUUGCAACGGUGAAAAUAUGGGACAGAGCACUUCGUGUGACAGAAAGAACGAUGCUGGAUGGUCCGGGCAUGGCUUUGCUUGCAGAUCAUCGAAUGAAAAUUCAACACCAAAUGCACCACUUGACGUCGAGCUUCUGAGAGAUGGUACUUUCGAGAAAGAAGCAAAGAAGAAGAAUUGGCCCGGAACGCCUGAAUUCACGACAAAGUUCGACGAAAGAAAAAAUAAGGCCACAGCUUACCUUUUGUGCGCUGAUGGAGAAACCCCGGUCAAGAAAAUUAAAGUAGACUGCACCAAGAAGACAAAGACAAAGAAAGGCAAGACUACUACUUCGAUGAAAUGCAAGGCAAAGCCAUAUUCUCAAAAAGAUGUUGAAAAGUCUUGCAAAAAGAAAAGAUGA